CACCGGUCCUCCCUUGAUUUUGGUGCCUUCGAGAAGGAGCUGUCAGCUAACGUUAGCUAGCUAAAACAACGGAACGAAAGAACAGCACCAAGGACAAAAAGCUGGUGCGUCAGAAGGGGGAGACCCAAUUUACCGUUUCGUUUUUGUUUAGGUCAUUACUCAUUUUGUUUGAAAACAAACCCUACCUCCUCUUCACCCCUAUUAUUUUUUUGUUMGUCCCAUAUACAUUAUUUUGUUUGUGAUACCUCCUCCAGCUUUGGGAGCAGUGKGGGGUCUUCAUGGCUGUUCGAAGAGGCCACAUCAGGUACCUAAAAGAGGUGUAUGACAUGUCCAACGGCUACGAGGAUCACAUGGGAGGAGGAGAUGAGGUGACGGAUGCCAAGACCAACCUGAUAGUCAACUACCUUCCCCAGAGCAUGAGCCAGGACGAGCUACGCAGCCUCUUCAGCAGCAUUGGCGAGGUGGAGUCCGCCAAGCUCAUACGGGACAAAGUGGCAGGUACGGAACACCUUGUCCCACAAUGCACUACAGGCCACAGUUUAGGGUACGGAUUUGUUAACUAUCUUACCCCUAGCGAUGCAGAAAGAGCUAUCAAUACUCUGAAUGGACUAAGGCUACAGUCUAAAACUAUCAAGGUUUCAUAUGCGCGGCCGAGCUCUGACACCAUUAAAGACGCCAACCUGUACAUCAGUGGCCUGCCCAAGACCAUGWCCCAGAAAGACGUGGAGGACAUGUUCGCUCGCUACGGACGCAUCAUCAACUCCCGGGUGCUGGUCGACCAGGCCUCGGGCCUGUCUCGGGGGGUGGCGUUCAUCCGGUUUGACAAGCGAGCAGAGGCCGAGGACGCCAUCAAAGACCUGAACGGACAGAAACCCCCCGGAUCUGCUGAGCCAAUCACAGUGAAGUUUGCUGCCAGCCCCAACCAGGCCAAGAACACUCAGCUCAUKUCUCAGCUCUACCACAACCAGGGACGACGCUUUGGAGGGCCAGUUCACCACCAGGCUCAGAGAUUCAGYUUUUCUCCGAUGUCUGUGGACCAUAUGAGCGGUAUGUCUGGGGUGAGUGUGRCGGGGAACGCCACCUCUGGCUGGUGCAUCUUCAUCUACAACCUGGGCCAGGACGCCGACGAGGGCAUCCUGUGGCAGAUGUUUGGGCCCUUCGGCGCCGUCACCAACGUCAAGGUCAUCCGRGACUUCAAUACCAACAAGUGCAAAGGCUUCGGCUUUGUUACCAUGACGAACUACGAGGAGGCCGCCAUGGCGAUCGGCAGCCUCAACGGUUACCGCCUCGGGGACAAGAUCCUACAGGUGUCGUUCAAGACCAGCAAAGGCCACAAGUAGAGAGAGAAGAGGGAGGGGAGGUGAUAGAGGGAGGAGAGAAACCUCACACUAGGCUUCUAAUAUGGAGGGUAAAUUGCCUCAGUUUGACAAAACAAACUUGUUUUUAGCCUUCUCACUAAGCCCAUUCUCACUCUGCAUCGUUGUACUAGUCUAACAGAGAGUCUAGGCUGAGUUUGAUAUUUCUCUUGUUUUUUUUACUCAUGAUUUGGGAUGUUCCAAACGCAGUUAUCUAUGUCCAUCCUGAUAUGGUGACCAAUUUCACAAUUCAAGACUAGAUUGUUUUUCCUGUGAGACUAAACUAGUGUCACUAUGUGCCAUAUGAAUGGUAGGACCACGGUAGGGACUUGGAGAAGGAUGCGCCACAUUCAUACGUCUAGUCCCCCACUGUAGGAGGAAGCAUGKUGUCUUAGACGCUGGUUCCAGUGUAGACAUAGAUGCCUUAAGMUAACCACCCUGUCAAGCCAUCCACUGUCUCCAGCCAUUUUAAAAGGAAAGCACUUUUUAAAUCCUUAUUAUAUAAUGUCAGAGCGAUAGUCAGCUGUUUUGACGUAAACCAUACAUUGGUCUUCUCUCACCUUGCGGAUUCAGUUUUAUACACCGCACGUUAGGUACUGGAUGGUACCAUUACAUAGCAGCGUGUGUGUCCCUUUUUGGGGGUCUUUUAAAAGUUGACUCUCUGAGGGGCCAUGUAAAAAAAGGUCUGGAGAUUUUAAAGUAGGAACAUGUUUAAGAAGGACCAAAGAAAUGGAAGGAUAUGAUCCCAGGGCCUGUAUUCACAUGCUGAUCUAGGAUCAGUUUGGCCUUCUAGAUCAUUAAUAAGUAAGAUUUAUAUGGACAGGAGCUGAUCCUAGAUCAGCAUUCAGUCCUCUGAGAAGCUUUUGUGAAUAGGGAAGAUGCUUACCGUUAUMARUKAUUUCCCCUCACCAGUAGUAGUUGGGACAUCUGAACAACCGGUACGAAGGCUGAAUCUAACAGAGUGGGGCAACACAGCUCUCUCAUCCAGUUUGCUGUUUUUGUAAAAAAAAAAAAAAGUUUUCUCUAACUUUUUCUUGAAUUUUCUUUCUGAGAGACUAACUUUUAUUUUUUUCGUCGAAGCGUAGACUACUGAUCGGAGAGUUAAAGAGUUGUUUUUUGUUUUUUACUGCUCAUCUCGAGCUAAAGAAGAAUUUACGGCCUUUGUGAUUUAUUUUUGUUGGUAUAGAUUUUUGUUUUGUUUUUGGUCCUUUUUGUUUUGAUUGUUUUACUUUGAACAUGCAAUCAUUAAAUUUUAUUUAGAUUUGACUCAA